CAUAAUUCACAGCGGCACAGACCUCCUCCUGUCAUGCAUGCUUUAGGAGGAACAUACACAGACACGCGCGCGAUCCGGACUGAACUGAGCCCAGCCCCACCUCAGGAGGAGGCUGUGCUCGCUCUCUAGGGGUCUGGAUUGAGAGCAGAUCGCAUUCGAUCCAUCUGAUCAUCACCAGAGCGUCUUUAAUUCUCAGUCUCAGCGACAGACACAGCAACACGAGUCAUGGAGACCAGACUGCCCUCCAGCUAGCUAACUGCUAUCCGCUCGGAUCCCGAAAACAUGCUCUAGACAGGGUUUUAUACGAAGACUGUUUUUUCUGUUUUCACUGGAGUGACACUGCUGUCACAUCUGGCAUCAGUAGCUGAAGAUGCAGACUUUCCUGAGAGGCAGACGAGUGGGCUACUGGCUCAGCGAGAAGAAGAUGAAGAAACUCAAUUUCCUGGCUUUUGCAGAGAUGUGCAGGAAAAGAGGAAUAGAAGUUGUUCAGCUUGACCUGAGUCAGCCAUUAGAGGAGCAGGGUCCACUGGAUGUUAUCAUUCACAAGCUAACAGACCUGAUCCUGGAAGCGGACCAGAAUGACACCCAGUCCCUGCUGCUGGUCCAGUGUGUGCAGGAUUAUAUUGACGCUCACCCAGAGACCAUCAUUCUUGACCCACUUCCAGCCAUCCGAACUCUACUGGACCGCUGCAAGUCCUACCAGCUGGUGCACAGGAUAGAGGACUGCAUGAAAGAUGUGAGGAUCUGUUCUCCUCCAUUUAUGGUGCUGAACAGUGAGUGUGGUCCAGACACGCUGGAGCAGAUCAAGCUGCACGGUCUUACAUUCCCUUUCAUUUGCAAAACACGGGUUGCUCAUGGAACUAACUCUCACGAGAUGGCUAUAAUAUUCAACGCAGAGGACCUAAAGGAUGUGAAGCCACCGUGUGUGAUUCAGAGUUUUAUAAACCACAAUGCCGUGCUCUAUAAGGUGUUCGUGGUGGGCGAGUCGCACACUGUGGUGGAGAGACCCUCACUCAAGAACUUCCCCUCUGGACCGUCUGACAGAAAAGCGAUUUUCUUCAAUAGCCACAAUGUGUCCAAGCCAGAGUCAUCCUCUGACCUCACAUCUAGAGAUAACGUAGAAGGGGUUUCGCAGCCACCGAAUGAUGAUGUCAUUAGGGAACUGUGUAAAUCUCUUCGGGAAUCUCUUGGCGUUUCGCUCUUCGGCAUCGACAUCAUCAUUAACAACCAGACGGGCCAACACGCAGUCAUUGACAUCAAUGCAUUCCCUGGAUAUGAGGGUGUCCCAGAGUUUUUCAAUGAUCUUCUGAACCAUAUUAUCAGCGUCCUCCAAGACCCCUCGGCCCCGCCCCCUCCCGGCCAGCUACCCGCUUUAGGCGCAGGAGAGCGCAACUGCGCCCCGUCCCAGGAGUGCUGCGGCAUGCUCGGCAAAGAGUCGGACAGCAGCCCCUGGAUCGUGGAGGGCGACGGUGGUCUGAAAGGCCCGCGUCAGAGACUGGGCUGCAACUCGGCCAUGUCCCCCAACUUCCAACAGCACUGCGUGUCCACGAUAGCCACUAAAGCCUCGUCACAAUGACUGCUGCCCCCCGUCCCGCCAUCCUUCCCUGAACAAACUGAAUAAUAACUAUUAUACUGGUAAUAUAUCUGUAAUCAAAAACCAACUAUAUUGGGAAUAAUCAUGAUGUUGAUAAUGGGCACUGGAUUCUGUCUCCCAAGCUUUUUUGAUUUGUUUUAUUUUUUUGUUUUCUUUCUCUUCGGUCUAACAACUCAGUACUGUAAUGUGGACUUUUGGGAAAUUAACAUUGAUCAAAAUCCAUUUCAAUUUGAAGCACAGUGCAAAAUGAGUGGUUGUUAGUUCAUUGAACACACUAGGCAUGUUGGAUAUUUAAGCUGAUGGAAAAGACUAACGGAGAUCAGUGUUUUUCACAACACUGAACACAAACACGCAGAAUAAUCUAACAAACAGGACACCUAAAAUGUCUUUGCUCUGUAUUUAGCAGCUAUCCUAUAUUGUGAUGAUCCACAGUGUAUAUCGUUGUGCAGUGUCUACAAAGCUCUUGUAGGCCGUGUGCCGCUGUGUUUGAUCUUGUGACACUCUGUAAUCUUCUCAUAAUGCUCCAGAAGACUUCCAUCAUCCUUCCUUAAACAUUGUGACACCUGAUAAUGUUCUUGUGCGUCAUAUCAUAAGGUGAACUGUCGAGUAUCAUUAAUGUUUUGAUAGUUUUAUGAAAGUCGACUCUCCGAAAAGCUUCUACUGUUCUUCUAAAAUUCUUCUAAUUAGAAUUUUUUUUUUUUUUUUUUUUUUGUCAAUGUUGCGCUUGGCUGGACGGUUACAAGAGGAUAUUCUGACAUUCCCUGUAUUUGCGUGUUUUUUUUUUUUUUUUUUUAUCAGACUGUCCUUUAAAAGUUCAGAUGUUUUGUAUAUGAUCCAGUUUUGACCGUCAUAUUUAUGACUGUGCUUCAGGUUAGUACAGACCCUUGAAAUAUUUGAACAAACCGCAUAAAAUGGAUGUUAAUGUAUAUGUUGGGAGUAUUUUGUCUCGUUGUAAUUUCUAAGAAGAACGCACCGCUUCUGCAAAGGUUGAUUUGAAACGCUUUGAUUCUAGGUUAGCAUUCCUCAUCUAAAAGGAAAAUGGAACAGAUUUGUAACAUGUGUUCUUUAUUAUAAAUGGAAUAAUCGCUAACUUCUUUGAAAAUCACUAAUGGAUACAAAGUAUUUGUUUUAUACAUCGUAUUGUUAGCCAAACAUUGCUGAUUUAAAUCGAUCUGUGUUGUAAAAUGGCAGUUGAAGCACUAAUUCAUUUCAACAUUUAUUUCGCACUAAUAUCAAUGUCAUUAAAACCAUCUGAACAAAUAAGCAGUACUUUACACAUGGAUUAAAAUGUAAUGAAGCCAAAAAGUGAUUUUUCUAGCUUUUUAGGUUCUGUUUUGGAAAUGAAACAUCCCACAGCGUUUUUUUUUUUUUUUUUUGUACAAUGACAAAAAUGAUCAUCUUAUGUGUAUUCGUGUUUAUAAAAGAAACUUCGCCCACUUAGUGCCCAUAAAGUGACUUGGAUUACUCCUUCACGUUUGAAGACCUACAGAAAACAGCUUGUUUUUGUUCACUGUGAGAGGAAUGAAUGUGUGGAGAUGUGUCUUAAUGUGGUAAACAAUGGACGGCUGACAGCAGCAUCUGCUCCCAUUCUGUUCAGUUUAUAUGAAGUGAACAUUUAGUGCCACUCCACUGGCCCUUUGCACCUUAUGUUAAUGCUUUUCUUGUUCUGAUGGGGUCCACUUUUUUUUAAGAUGAAUAUUUUCAUAGAUAUAUCAAACUGUUUAAGAUCCUUUUCUAUAGUAACUCACUCCAUUGUUAUGGAAUACGAAUUAAGUGGUCAUUAUGGUUUUGAUGCCAUUUAAAUAACAAUUAGUUGUUUUGUUUUUUUAGUUGGACAUGAAGCCUCUUGCUUGCAAUAGGAAUGAAUGUCAAUAGUGUUGGAAUAUGUUUAUAUGAUUAAUGGGGAAUGUGUUCAGAUUAAGUCUUCAUUUGAUUUACCUUUUGUCUCUGUACUUUUGCCUUCAUUGUGAUGUCAAAUAGAAAAUCUCACCUACUAAAUCUUCUGUCUC